CCCAUGUCUCUGGCGAGCUCUUCCUCAUCCUCAGCAACUUCUGCUUUAGUCUGGGCCAAGUAUGGUUAACGUAUGAAACCAGAGAAAUACUCCUCUUGGGUGCUAGCUCGCUGCUUGUUUGCACAAGAGUUGACAGAUCUAGAUCAAGGUCCAGAUGCAGAGACCUUUGCCAUCACAUUUUUGUCAAGACCUCCCCCAGUCUUCAGCCUCAGAGCUGAGUUUCAGCCUGCCACGAGCAAGUCACGAUGUUCCCGUGGGCUCCGGCCUUGGUAGCUUUGCUCGCCUUGGUGGCUGUCUACCUGUCUUUCCCGGGACUCUUCCGACAACGGAGACCUCAAGAGCCACCUCUGGACAAGGGCUUCAUCCCCUGGCUGGGCCACACGCUGGCUUUCCGGAAGAACAUGCUGGAGUUUCUGAAACGCAUGCGAGCCAAACACGGGGAGGUAUUCACCUUGCAGCUCGGAGGUCAGUACGUCACCUAUGUCAUGGACCCUCUCUCUUUUGGCUCAAUCCUCAGGGAGUCACGGAAGAAGCUAGACUUCAGGGAGUAUGCCCAAGAACUGGUCCUGAAGGUCUUUGGGUACCAGCCCACUGAGAAAAAUAAUCAGAUGAUCCACACAGCCAGUGCUAGGUAUCUGAUGGGCGAUGGUUUGGAGGAGCUCAAUGGGGCCUUAUUGGAGAGUCUUUCCCUGGUGCUGCUGGGGCCCGGAGGCUCGAGGCCUGACAACCAAGGCUGGCAGGAAGACGGCCUCUUUCAUUUCUGCUACAACAUCGUCUUCAAGGCCGGCUUCCUGAGUCUGUUCGGGAGCACCAAAGACAAAGAGCAAGCCUUGCUCCAAGCAGAAGAGAUGUUCGUGCACUUCCGUCGCUUCGAUUUGCUCUUCCCCAGGUUCGUCUAUUCCCUCCUGAGACCCCAGGAAUGGCUGGACGUCAAUCGGCUCCAGCAACUCUUCCACCGGAUGCUGUCAGUGGAAGACAAGGAAGGUGUGAGCGUCUGGCUAAACUACAUGCUCCAGCAGCUCCGAGAGGAAGGUAGGACGCAGGCGAUGCAGGACAAGUUCAACUUCAUGAUGCUCUGGGCUUCUCAGGGUAACACAGGCCCCACGUCUUUCUGGGCGCUCUUGUUCUUGCUGAAGCACCCCUGGGCCCUGCAGGAGGUCAGAAGGGAGGCCAAAGAGGUGUUAGGGGAGCCCCGAUUGGAGGAGAACCAGUGCUUCACCUUCAAGUUCAGCGCCCUGAAGCAAACCCCAGUGUUGGAUAGCGUGAUGGAAGAAACCUUAAGGCUGGGAGCCACACCCACCCUGCUCAGAGUGGUCCAGGAAGACUACACCUUGACCAUGUCCAAUGGGCGCCAGUAUCUGAUCCGUCGAGGGGACAAGAUCGCUCUCUUCCCUUACCUCUCGGUGCACAUGGAUCCCGACAUCCACCCCGAGCCCGAUCGCUUUAAGUAUGAUCGCUUCCUCAACCCCAAUGGGAGCCGGAAAGUGGACUUCUACAAGCAAGGGAGAAAAAUUCACCACUAUUCCAUGCCUUGGGGUUUUGGGAUCAACAUUUGCCCUGGCCGAUUCUUUGCCCUCAGUGAGAUGAAACUCUUCAUCUUGCUCAUGGUGACCUACUUUGACCUUGAGCUGAUCGAUGCCAACAUCGCCGUGCCCCCACUGGACCCCGAGCGCUGGGGGUUUGGGACAUCCCAACCCACGUACGACGUGCCUUUUCGCUACCGCCUCAAGCCUCUGCAGUGAUCUCGGCCAAGCCAGCCGUAAGUCCUGGCCACGGACAGGGGGCUUUCUGGUCUUCUCUCCACAUGUUCAACUGAUCACCCCUCCUUCUGGUUCUGUGGCACCCCUCUCCUUUACAUCAUUGUUUGUUUUGGUACCACUAGUGGGAUUUGAACUCAGGGACUUGCUAGCACUCGACUACUUGAGCCACA